AUGUCAGCCAGGACAUCUCUGCGCGCCUUCCUGGCGAACGCGCGGUCUGCGCUGACGGCGCCGGCUGCGCAGAGGAAGAGUCCUCUGACCCUAGUCGUCGGGAACGAAUCCGCAGAUCUCGACUCUCUCUGCUCGACCGUCGUAUACGCCUACCUCCGCACCCACGCGCCCCCUCACACGCUGCACAUCCCCAUCUCCCACCUCCCGCGCGACGACCUCAAGCUCCGCCCCGAAAUGACCGCGGCCCUCGCGCACGCCGAGCUCAAACCCUCCGACCUGCUCACCCUCGACGACAUCCCCGCGGAGCUGCCCGCCACGGACACGCGGUGGCUCCUCGUGGACCACAACGCGCUCACGGGCGCCCUGGCGAGGAAGUUCGGCGGGCGGGUCGUCGGCUGCGUGGACCACCACGCCGACGAGGACACGGUCCCGCGCGAGACGGGCGACGAGCCGCGGGUCGUCGAGAAGUGCGGCAGCUGCGCGAGCUUGGUGGUCGAGUACUGCCGGGCCGCGUGGGAGCGGGCAGGGACCGAGGAGGAGGUGGGUCGGCACGUGGCGCGGUUGGCGCUCGCGCCGAUUCUGAUCGACACGACGAGCCUGCAGUCCAAGGACAAGACCAUGGAGAAGGACGUGUCUGCGGUGGAGUUCCUCGAGAGGCUGGCUGGCGCGGGGUACGAGCGCGAGGCGUUUGCGGGGGAGAUAUCUGCCGUGAAGGAGGAUAUCUCGGCGUUGGGGUUCCGGGAUAUUUUCCGCAAGGAUUAUAAGCAGUGGGAUGAUCAGGGGUCUGGGCCGAAGCCGGCGGUGAUGGGCGUUUCUGCCGUCGUGCAGGAUCUGGGGUAUUUACUGGCAAAAGCGGAUGGGAAGCAGGAGGUGCUGCUGGAGGAGUUCAAGAAGUGGGCUGAGGAGAAGGAGUUGGACAUUGGUGUCAUUAUGACUACGGCGCACCCUGGCGGGAAGUUCCAGAGAGAGCUAUUUAUCUGGGCCUUCAACGAGAAUGCUGUGGAGGCCUGCAAAAAGUUUGUGGAGGGAUAUAAGGAGGACUUGGGGCUGGAGAGCUGGGGCGAGGGAAGGCUUGAUCAGGUUGGUGACGGGGAGUGGAGGACGGCGUGGAGCCAGAGUAAUGUUGCUCACUCGCGGAAGCAGGUUGCGCCUAUGUUGAGGGAAGCUAUCAAGGGCGGAGCUAGACUUUGA